CUGGCUUGUAUUUCUACCUGAACAGCACCUUCUAAUCCACCUUAGGGAAGCGAAGAUCAAUUCCUACUUUCUACAUUGAUUUUAUUUAUUUACUUAAGCCCUCAAAUUUUGUAAAUUUCACCUUCCUACAGCUAGGAAUUUGUAUCUGCAGGAGCACUUUCCUAACUUCUCUGUUAUCUAUUAAUCCUCAAUCCAUAUGGAGUACACAGUUGAGAUCGAGUUAUAGAUAGAGCAGGUUAUUUCGCUGGGAAGCCAGGCCAAGCCGAGUGCCCUUGCGGAUAAUAUAGCCAUCAAGACAGCAAUACUGCUAGCUAUCAAUGGCAGAAAGAGUUUUCAAGUGGAGCCCAUUUUAGUCGAAGCUUGUUCAAGAGAUUGAGUUCCCUUGGAAAAUUGAAGCAUCCACUCAAUGUGCAGUACAGAAUGCACCUUUCAAUAAGUUGCUUUCCAAAUCAGAUAUUUGACAGCGGCCAGAUCCAUGAUGGCUUGAAUGUAAAACAUGAGAGUUACACCAAGCAAUAUCUAUCGGACCAGAUUUCCGGUUCAUAUUCUUUCAUAAAUGUUUCUGAGGGAGGGAAAGAGCGCAAAAAGAACAGACCAAGCCUGAGAAACCUUGUACAGGCUGCUGCAGCUUUACGGAUUUUGGACAAUCUCUAUGAAGCAUGGAGCUUGUCAUCAAAGGAAAAGCUAAGCGUCGGGAUAAGACCACCUUAUGCAGGGAUCUCCGGGUUCCAAUUUCUUGGCAGAUGCCGUCCGACGUUCCCUGCUGCAGAGAUUCUUUAAGCGUGAAUAACAAAAGGCACUUUCAAUUUUGAACUGGACAUAGAGCAUUCGAAGGUGGAGGAGAGCUUGCUAUCGAUGAAAUUCUGCUCGCUGUCAUUAGGAACUGAUCAAGGCGGCAAGGAAGUGCAGCUCUCAUUUGAACUUACCAAGGAACAACGCGAGAUAAUCGAGUUCCCAAAGGGCACCUUCAUACAAGGAAGGCGGGAAGACAGUUACUGACAAUGAAGUUGCUUCAGAGGGAGCAACUUUCACCAAAUGGCUACAAGUGAUUCUGCUGUUACAAGAGCUGUGAAAUUUUUUUCUCUAAACAAGUCUCAUCUCUGGAACAAUGAUUCAAAGUGAUUCUGCUAUUAGCCUUCGUAACUUUGCUUUACAAAAUUGUCUCAAUCAAAGCCCCUUCUGCCUGGUC